ACAUCAACGGCUGUCGAUGUGAUUAUAAGUGUAGGGCGACGCCCGUUGACGAAUCGACCAACCAGUGAAUUCGCUCUUAUAGAGGUCACAGGGGUGAGGCAAUGUGGCGUUGGUCACGCCCGUAACAGACAUCAUUCUAACUCUGGUGGGAGAGACUGAAGCUGUUCACUGUGUAUUAUACAUGUUUGAAAUGAACACCACAGUUUCGCACACAGCAAGUCAUAGUUACCCACAAGCUUCGGGGAAAAUUCCAACAAUGGGCAUGCGACACUUGAUAGAAAACGCAUUGUCGCAACCUACAUUAGAUCCACAAAUCCUCCAUCUGACGUCUAGUGUGGAAUGAUGAAAACCAGUAGUGUGCACAUCGCUCCAGAACAUAUUAAAUGCCAAACGACGAACCCCUUGUGUGCUACUUUUGCUUUCAGCCAUGGAAGUGUCCGGAGCUAGUGUCGUUCCAGAUGACUGGCCGAGAGGGAACAGUUCGGGUUCCCGUGACACAUCCCAAGGAACAGACAUCAUAGAACUACCAAUCGUUUCACAUUAUACCAAUGGGUUUUUGGAAACCAUAACAGAAGAGGGAAGUGAAUUCGAAACAUCUGAAGAUGGAAGCGCCUUCGAUGUGUAUACCGAUACACGACAGAGGGAAUUUUGCCAGAGCUCAUCUCAAGCUAUUAUUCCCAACGUUGAUUCAGAUCGUCUAAUGAGCAACGAGCCGAAGGAGUCAGAGGAUUACGAAGAAGUGAUGAAUAUAUCAAGAUAUUGUUUCCCUACGAGGCCAGCUUCAAACGGGAGCAAUCACAACACUGCAUGUGAAGUUAGCAGUAAGAAUGAGACGGAACCGUCGGAUAACUCAGCAUCUGGGAUGGCAACAUUCUCGGUCGGACAGCGCAAUCUCGUACCCUUCCAAAAGGAUGGGUUCACGAAACACAGUCAGUCGUACAGUAAGGUGCUACCAAAAGACAUUAAUGCAUUCAGCGGACCUAGACAGUACAGCGCUACCGAUGGUUCUGCUGUGGACCGAGCCCCAUGUCCCGACAGGCCAGAUUCGGAUUCAACGACUGAUUUAGCCGAAGAGGUUCUUGUCUUUUCCACCAACGACGAAAGCAGUGAAUGGUGUUGGAGAUUGCAAAAGGAGCACAACCUUCACACGACCCUGCAAUCUUCUAAUCUGGAUGAGGGCAGCAAAGUAGCUAACAAUACGCCCAGUGCCCCCUCAGAGGUACAAGCAAGUUUGAUGAUGGAAAACAAAUAUUCAGAAGGCAGGCACUGGUCAUUAACUGAUGGAGCAUCGAAUUUGCUAACCAAGAAUGAACUUGCCCUUUUUAAAUCACCUCACUUAUUUCAACCAAGUAACAUGGUCCAACGAUUACAGCCAUCUACAGGAUGUGGAGCGGCUACCAGUAAUGAAUCGCUGAAUAUACCCUUCCAAUUUCCUCUUGUGGUUCCAUCGCAUGCGGCCCAACUGACACCGCCUCCGGUAGAGGUGCGUGCAUUCGCAGAACAUGCCCAUCGAAUGCACUUCAGUAAUCCAUCCGUCAGAGUAAAAAGUGGAUAUGUACCUCCAAAAGCCUCCACGUGUCGUCAAAUUGGCGAUAACACUCAACCACCAAGUCCGUUUGCAAAACAGUCAUGUGUGUGUACAGCAAACGGUCGAUUAUACACAGACCAUCUAUGUUUGUCUUCAUCUAACCAUUCCUCACACUUGCGAAAUAUUGCAAAGCCGCUAGGCCUAUUCCCACAAAAUAGAGUGGUUAGAGAAAAUGAUUUCAAAACAUCAGGUGGAUUAGGGUACAACAGUCCACAUUGGUCAUUGGAGUCAAUUCUAUUGCAACAGCAAACCCGAAGCCAGGAUUGCUUUGCAUGCACAAUUCCGGAAAUUCCAGUAGCGUUCUCCCGUGCAAGAGCAAGCAGAGAAAUAGUCCCUCCAGUGAUGACCGAAAAUGGCAUAAUUACCGGCGCAGACACUGAGCAUUCUAAAGUACAAGGCGAACUCCAAUCUCAAACGGAACUCCCUAGAGAACGAGCGACAUGUCCCAUGCCACCGAACCUGAUUGCCACUAAUGAGAGACAACUUUUAAUGGGUAGGCAAGAAAAUCAUAGCUUACCGAAAUCUGAUGGCCUGCAGUUUAGCCGCUCACAACAACAGACGAUCCACUUAGAGGAAAACUGCGCGGUUAAUACUGGUUAUCACCCAGAUGCCACUCUCCGAAAAUCAUGCACUCAAGCCCAUGCAACCACAGCGACAACGCUUUUGUAUCCAUAUGGUAUUGUUUCUACUUGGGAAAAUUCAUUCGGUUAUCCAAUGAGAAUGGAAAGCAAAAAUCUAUACGAACCAAUCACAUCGAAAAUUUCACAGCCUAAGAGAGGAUCCUCGAUCGAGAGUUCAAGUCCAGUAUGGGUAGCUAGUUCAACUCCACGAUCCUAUAUGGACAGAAAAUUCUCAGAAACGAUAACUAAUGGACUCGAGAAAGAUAAGGAGGAAGCCCGCGGCGGAAUAAACUGUAAAAUGAGAGGGCAUAAAAGAAAGGCCAACUUCAAACAUCCCUUGUUGAAGCCACUACAACGGUCACCGGCAGUUUUAGGUGUUAGUGAAUUACUGCUUAAGACCGACGAAGAACUGAACAAGUUAAUGAGUGGCAUGGCUGCUGAAUCACCUGUGAUCGAACAGCAUACACAUGACUAUGGUCGAUCAGAAAAUUACUGUCCAACUGAAUACUCACCUGUCCGCCGGUGCUUUCCGAUGCACAGUAAACACCUUUUCGAUGAUAUACCAGCUGACUGGGAAAAUGAUACGUCCGAGACUAGAAGCUAUUUUGAUUAUGGAGGAGAAGAAGAGGACGACGAUUUCGAGGAUCUUAAUAGCGCUGUAAAUAUGGGUUCAAAGGCAAGUAUCGGUCAAAUUCCCGCAUCUUCUGGUUCUAAACAUUGCGAGAGAAGAACAACCGCCUUGAGCAACGAGACACAAUUACUUAACAUGCCUUAUGAAGAAGCAAGCAAAAUUUUGGAUGACAUACUAAAACUGAAAACGGAUGAAAGGGGGUUUCGGUGGACAGAUAACUGCCAGGCACGAGCUGUUCAUAACAAUGACACCGAAAUGCAAACUUCUCGGUUUCAAGAAGUAGCGGCUGCAGUGAAGAGAACAGUGUUCGAUUCUUGGGAUCUACCGUAUAUAGACAGUGAUGUGAAUGUGGUGGAACAGUCGAGUAGUCCAGCCCCGUAUCAACCUGUCCUUGCGGACAUUGACGAAAUCACCCUAACAUCCAGAAACAGCCAACUUCAAAACUCUUGGAGCAGCGCAUCUGACAUGAACUGCGUGGUUUAUCAAUCAAAUCGCGUGUCCCUUAACCGUCAUCCGCCAGUCGAGUACUACAGAAAUCACCCGCAGUCAGACCGGGUGAAACGCGUUCGAAUACGUUUUGGGUUAUGUGAUCAGAAAAAUGCAAACACUGUGGAUUCGAACAGCUCCAUGAAAAUACGCAACGGCAAAUUUCUGUGGCUGCAACGACUUUGUGGAUGUGUUCGCUCUCCUCGAGAUCGCAAAAGGAGGCAUUUCUGAUACUCAUUUUGUAGUUGUUAAUAUCUUAUUCGAGUGUACAGCAAAAGGUGAGCAGUAAGAAACAAUUCCCUCUAUUUUUGAUGUAGUGGAUUGGACCUAUUAAAUCACAUAAUUUCAGUAUAUUCUCAAGGAGCCCUGUCAAAGAGUUUGGAACAUUUGCUCAACCAACAUAACAAGAAAACACAGGACACAAAUCAUCUAAGCCAGUUUCAGCUAUUUUCUUAACUUUUCGCUCUUCUUUCGAUGAUCAAAGAGAGAAACACAUACAGGUCUCUCUCCCUUUCGUUCCCUGGCUGAUUUUUCACCAAGGCUUAGAUGGAGCACAUACACGCAUCAGACUUGUUGAACAUCAGGCUGAAGUCACUUGUACAAUACAUACUAAAUUACCUGCAUGCUUUUCAAUGGCGUUUCAUGUUUCUUUGCAAUCGCGGCCUUCACCUCGGUGGUUGUGGUGAAUGUCAGCGUUCUAGCAAUGCGUAUCCUCUCGGAUCCCUAUUCGUUGGUUUUUCAUGUAUCGUGAUACAAAUUUUCAACCCAUC